AUGGCAGCUUCUGUCAUACAUCGGUGCCAGCACUGCGCCUUCGAAACGGAUCUAGGCGCUUCGUUGGACAUUUUCGAGCAAAAUCCUCAUUGUGGUCGGGUAUGUACAUCACUCUACUACCGUCCCAUUCCUUCUCAUGUCUGGCAGUGUGGGCUUUCCGCCUCGGAAGGAGAUAUGAAGAUGCAGGAAGAACUUGCUACCUUGAUGUCGCAGCAGUUGAAACUGGACAAAAACGUCAGCUUCCAGAACCUGCCAGAGCUGCCACCAACGCCUCCUCAGUCAGACAACCAACCCCAAAUUACCUACAUUACCCAGCACUACCAUCAUUCGUCCCACCAGGCAGCUCCGACACCGCCAGUCGAACCAACAUCCGCUAGCGAUGAACUUGCCUGUCACGGUAUAGAUGCAAAUGUCCUCUUUCCCUCACAACUCAAGCUUUUCAAGCAAGCGCAACCGGAGCAGCAAAUACGACUUAUUCAAUUGUGGAGCAUUGCACCACCACAAUAUGGAAAUCAAAUGCUUGCUAAAGACCUGGUCAACUGGCCGCAGACAUCGAUGAGACAGGAAGAACAAGCCGCACAGUCUAGGUACAUGAGAAUGCAGGCAGAGUCUGGGCAGUACACUCCGGAGGCACGGUCCAGCGCAGAGCCAUACAUCCUCCGCGGCUACAACAACCAGCUUGAUAAUAACGAUUGUACGGCAGCGGCAGGAUUUGGAGCACAACCGAACGAGUACAAUCGAGCUCUCGGCCCAGCUCACCUGAGCAGAGAGUGGUGGGUGCACGAGACACAGCCUGUGGAGCAUCAAUAUGGGGUUGUUCAGCAGAUGCGGCAAUUUGCCGACCAGGAUGAAGAUAUGUCAUAG